CCAUGGCUGGGGACCCGGACAGAAAGAGAAAAAAGAAAUCAGGGCAGGGGCAGAGGAAAAGCUGCGGCAACAUUUACCCUGCGGAUUCCACCUACAGCCUCGGUCUCCUGGCCAGGGUCUCCUCUACUGUUUCUUCUUCUUCCAGAAGGAGUCCGGCCGGCGUGCGGCGCAGCUCAGCCUUUCUCCAAUCAGACACCCCAAGGCCGGCGCCACGUACGUGACCUGAUCCAAUCUCCUGCCCUGGAGGGCGGGAACGCAAAGUUCCUACCUGCACCUGCGGCAGCUGUGGCCGCCUCCUGGGUUGGUGUUCCCCCCCGCCCCCUUCCCGGGCGUUCUGGUUUCUCGAAUACUUGGCGAAUGACCAGCAGGUGGGCAGACAGAUGUCUUUCCCGUGCAAAGGACCGAAGUGUAGGAAGGUUCAGUACACCAGAGUGAGCAGCCGAGGUCCCAUCUCCCGCGGCUGCCGGGGAGUCGCUAGCAGGGAAGAGGGAGGCGCGCGAGAAUGAAAGGCUACUAACCGGGAGAGCCUAUCUGGGUAUUCACCUGGGGCAGUGAGCCUGGCACCUGUUCCGCCGCGGGGCCCUCACGCCGGAGCCGAGCGCGCUGCGAGCCCAGAACUGCCGCCACCGCUGCGCCGAACAGAAGUUGGAAGCGCCAGGGGAGACGAGCAGCAGCAAUCGGCUUAGCUGGACUGCAGACAUUUCGGCAGGCACACCUUACAGAAAAAAAGCCCGACCUCCCCAGGUUGUCCCAAGCGCACCUCCUCCGUUCUCUUGGAGGUGAGGUCGGCUCAGAGUCUUGGGAUCUUCAGAAGCCCGAACAGGUGAGCAAUCAGGGUGGUUUUGCAUCCGCCAAGACAGAGCUCAUUCCAAGGUGUCAACCUGGGGUGCUACCCCGGCCCCGGAGAGGUUUCGAGCCACAGGCGCUCUGCGUAAAUUUGCGUAAUUUGCAGUGUUUUCCUUGCGCAAUUAGUGCUGAGCCUUUCCGCGCACACGUCGGUUGUGGAAAAGAGAAUGUAGGGUAGAAAACAGAAGGCAGCCAUCGGCACACCCCACCACCCAUGAAUAACUUGGGGUGCUUCGCUGAUCCGUAAAACACAGGGAGCAGGAGGUUUGCAGACCCAACUGCAAACCGUGCCCUGGGGAGAGGGUGCCUUUUUAGGGGAAGAACUUUUGGCGGCUUCAUCUUCUAUUGUUUUCAAGUCGUGGCCCGAGUGUGCCCUCGGGGCAUCCUGGGGAGGAGCCGGGGCCCGGGUCUCUGCUGCGGAGGCCGCUGCGCCGCCUCGCGUAGGCGCUCAAACUUUCCCGGCGGUUCCGAGAGCAGAACUUUUCCAACAACAAACACCGCUCAAGUUUUGCUCCCCGGCGCGCCGGCAACUCCCGCGAGCACCAGGCGCGUGGGCUGGGACAGAGCCCAGAGGAAACCUGGAAAUGCUCCCGGGCGCAAGCGAACCCUGCGCGUUCGUACAGUUAGUGCCGAGCGCGGAAGGCGCGCACAGGUGUCUCGCUCCCCAUAUUAGCACCUUAAGUGCUAAUAAACAGUCUCUUCGGGCCGCAGAGCGCUGCUUUAAAAGCUGGGGAGAAGCAGAUGGGUUUGGAGUUCCUGAUUGCGCGCAGCAGGUUUCUCUCCUUUGGAGGAAGGAAUUGCGCAAAAAAGAACAGACGCCUUUAAUUUGUAACUAAAAAUCUCAAGAGUUGCGCUGCCUGGUACAAAGUCGGUGCAUAUGUUGAUACAGAACUAAAAAGAAGAGGACGUUUGCCGCUUGGCCUCAUCUCAACCAUCGGCUGGGGUGGCUUCGAAGAGACAUAAGAUUGGUGUCUGGGGAAUAAAAGGAAGCGUGGGACCGCGGUUUUCAAGGGAAAUUAAGUCUAGACCAGUUUCUCUGAAAGCGGCAAGGCAGAAGUUCUGUCAAAAGCAGAAUUUAAAAGAAACAACACAUCCUGAGCUUUUCCCUCGCUCUUAUCGGCAUGUAAAUUCCCCCCAGAAAAUCACAUCGAAGAGCAUUCUGGGACAGAAGUCUAUGGAAAAACACCUUCAAGGGAAAUUUCGGAACUGUUGACAGGAGUCUAAUAUUCAGUGCUCACCCAUAGCACACCCCCUUCCGAGCGCCCUCCGCUCAGGCCGCCGCCUCGGCUCCCACCCCGUAGCCUGCUUUCCUGCCGCGGACCGCCAGCCCCACCGGGAAAGAGGGCCCUUCCCCACCUGCCGCGCCCCGCGCCGCCCGGCCAUGGCCGACAGCGGCGGCACGGGCAGCUCUGGGUCCUGGUGGAAAUCGCUAACCAACAGCAGAAAGAAAAGCAAGGAAGCCGCGGUAGGGGCGCAGCCUCCCGCCCAGCCUGCCCCCGGGGAGCCCGCACCGCCCGCGCCACCCAGCGCCGACUGGACUGGCAGCUCCCGGGAGAAUCAGCACCCCAAUCUCCUUGGGGGCGCCGGCGAGCCCCACAAGCCGGACAAGUUGUGCGGGGAGAAGUCAGGCAGCAGCCGCCGCAAUUUGAAGGUCUCGCGCUCCGGCCGCUUUAAGGAGAAGAGGAAAGUGCGCGCCACUCUGCUCCCCGAAGGAGUCAGGUCCCCUGAGGAGGCGGGCUUCCCUGGUGACCCCCACGACGACAAGCAAUAGCCACAGCGCGGCGGGACUGUCUUUCUCCCCACCACUCCUCCCUACCCUGGCCCGAGAAUUGCGGCCCGCCCCAGUACCUGGUUCUAAUCCCACCAACUUCUGAGUAUUCACACGAGGCCUCCACGAUUUUAAUUUCCUGGAAAUUGAAGUGUCGGUUAAGUUUUUAAUAUUUCAUGGCUCGAGGAGGCACUGAAUAUGUACUUGUGGUAAGCGAAGAUACCUGCCACAGAGGAAGUUGGCAUAAUCCUUUUUUUCCCCCAAGAGUGGCCCCUUGUGCCACCUGGGGAGUGAGAAGGGUGCUUCUCUGCGUGGGUCACUCACCUGGAACUGCGCAGCCCCUCCAACGAGGAAGCAGUGCUCCGAUUCAGGACUCGCUGUUGGAGAGCAAAUUACACUGCUGUUUUUAACGCCAGAGAAAUGCACUUUAGAAGUACUUGUGUAGACUCGUACCUAAGGGAAGGGCUGAGAGGGAGCAGGAAGCAUUCUUAGGUAGAAGCAUUAGAAGUAAGGCAAGGUUGCUUUUAAUGUUGAACUACAAAACUGUACUGCCUGUUUUAGUGUGGACCAUUAAACCCGCUGCACCCUAAGCCUUAAGGUGACAUUUGUGUUUUUUCCAUUGCAAGACUGAAGUCUGUCAUACUUAAAAGCAGGCAUACGAAAUCCAAAGUGACAGAGUUAAUCAUUUGCCACACAGUACAACAGCUACUCCUGGAAAGCUAGGGGAGGGGCACGUUUCUCAGAACUAGCAACACCCCGACUGGCACCAGUUAGCCGGAUGUCUCUAUUUACUAAUUAAAUUUGAGGAAGGGAAGGGGAGGUACUAAAUAAUUAUUCCUAAAUUCUCUUUGUUACUUCGGUACAUCUUCAGACAGUAGAGUAACUCACAAUGCUAGUAGUAAUUCUUUUUUGUGUUGUUAACCAUACUAACAAUUCUCUGAAAAUCCUUAAACAAAUGGACUGGACCCUUAGUUUGUGCAAAGCCGUCUUCUUUUCCCACCCCUUUGCUGCAAAAGCUUACUUUAGUCUGAUUUAUGCAUUUAUCUAGUUUCAAAGCCUUUAGAUGUACUAAUCUGAAGAUUCUGAACAAAAAUCCACCUGUUUGCUUUUGUUAUGAACUUCAAGAAAAGGAGUAAAUGAAUACCGCUUGCUUUCAGCAAAUUACAAGGAGUUAUUGUGGUUAAGGGCCACUGGGCUCUUUCUACCACAAUUCAGUUAAUUUAUAAACAUCCAGAAAUACAUAGGGAAAUUGUAGUGGUCACAAUGUGUGUGUGUGUGUGUGUGUGUGUGUGUGUGUGUGUGUGUAGAGUUUAGAUAAUUACAAGCAAGAACUUGAUUGGAGCUUCUAAAUGUGUUCUAUAGAAAGAGGCAGAUUUUUGUUUCUCUCAAAUUAGUAAUUUAUAAAAUACCAAAACAUGUUCAUUGGCUAAAGAGACUGAGCAAUGACACUUGAUGAAAAUGGCUAACCUCAUGAAUCAAGCUUGGGUACCAGCACAAUAAUAGAGUUUACCAUUUGAUAUAUGAGUUUCCACAUACCAAAGAUUACUCCAAAGGAAAUUUUUUAUAUGAGGAUUAUGAACGCCUUACAUUAAAAGAGAGAAUGUUUGAGCUUUUUUUUUUUUUUAAUCUUGAAAAGACUUUUUUGCUGUGUAUUUAGAACUGAGAGUACGUAACCAAAGAGUCAUCAGGGUGAGCCUCCUGGAUGAGGAAGACUUCAAAUCUGUUUUAAGUGGGCCUCCCCUCUCUAGACUCUGAUGCAAAAGAGGGAGAGGAGAGCAUGCUGGGGAGAUUCACAGUAAGAAGGGACACGUGGGCUUGGCAGAUCACUGGGAGUAAAGCAAGUAGAAACUGUCAAAUAAAGCCUUGGAACACCCGCAUAAA